GUCAAUUGACGCGUAUCAAGAUGUCUCGGUGAAAUCUUGUUUCAUUUCAUACACCGCAUUUGACAUUGAUACAGAGAUUGGACCCAAAGAACCCCCUUUUCCCCACCUCUCUGUUCAUCUUUCUUGUGCCCAGAUCUGGGAAUUCAAAUCCCCAACCUUUGGCAGGAUCUUAAUCCCUCGAAGGCUUCUGGGUUGGUUCAAACUUCAGGUUUUACAGCUGGGAAUCCAAUAAAGGAGCAGUCUUUGGGGGGGAAGAGAUGGUGGGUCAACAAGAAAAUGGGAAUGUGGAAAUGGGGAUUUCUGAUUAUACAUUGGGGAGAAAGAACAAAUAUAAGAGGAUGGAUGAUUAUGAUGGAAGCAAUGAUGAUGAUGAUGAUGAUGAUGAUCCUUCUCACCACCAUCAUCAGCUUGAGAGGAGGAGGAAUAGAACUAAGAAAUAUGUCUUUGCUUGUGCUGUCUUUGCUUCCCUCAACAAUGUCCUCCUUGGUUAUGAUGUGGGGGUCAUGAGUGGAGCAAUCAUAUUUAUUCAAGAAGAUCUAAAGAUUACAGAGGUGCAAGAAGAAGUUCUAGUAGGCAUUUUGAGCAUUGUGUCACUCUUGGGUAGCUUAAUUGGAGGAAGAACCUCAGACGCCGUUGGUAGAAAAUGGACAAUGGGUUUAGCCUCCAUUAUCUUCCAAGCCGGCGCAGCAAUCAUGGCUGUUGCUCCUUCAUAUAAAGUGCUCAUGAUUGGGAGAUUCCUUGCUGGGAUUGGAAUCGGAUUCGGUGUCAUGAUUGCCCCUGUCUAUAUAGCUGAGAUCUCGCCAACCGUCGAUAGAGGAUCACUCACUUCUUUCCCUGAGAUCUUCAUAAAUUUUGGAAUCCUUCUUGGUUAUGUCUCAAACUACGCGUUUUCUGGACUGUCCCCACACAUAAACUGGCGCAUAAUGCUUGCCGUGGGAAUUCUCCCCUCAGUUUUCAUAGCCUUUGCUCUCUGUGUCAUCCCAGAGUCUCCAAGAUGGUUGGUUGUCCAGAACCGGAUGGAAGAAGCCAAGGCUGUGCUUGUGAAAACAAACGACAAUGACGCAGAAGUGGAAGAGAGACUUGCAGAGAUUCAGCUGGCUGCUGGGAGUGGAACCACAAAUGCUGAUAAAUAUGAUGAGAAAUCAGUGUGGCGCGAGCUCUUGAACCCUCCUCCUCCUCUUGCCCGGAUGCUCAUCACCGGUUUUGGAAUCCAGUGCUUCCAACAAAUCACAGGUAUCGAUGCGACGGUUUAUUACAGCCCGGAAAUCCUAAAAGCAGCGGGGAUCGACGGGGAGACAAAACUCCUAGCUGCAACCGUCGCGGUGGGGAUCACAAAGACAGCAUUCAUAUUAAUUGCCAUAUUUCUCAUAGACAAAGUUGGGAGAAAGCCACUUCUCUAUGCAAGCACAAUAGGGAUGACAUUCUGCCUCUUUGGGUUGGGCUUCGCCCUCACGUUUCUGAACGGGUCCCUUGGGAUCGUGCUUGCGACACUCUUGGUUUGUGGGAACGUCGCGUUCUUCUCAAUCGGGCUGGGCCCGGUUUGUUGGGUUUUGACAUCAGAAAUAUUUCCCCUCAAGUAUAGGGCACAAGCCUCCGCAAUGGGAGCCGUGGGCAAUAGGGUGUGCAGUGGGGUGGUGGCCAUGUCUUUCCUAUCUGUCUCAAGGGCAAUCACUGUGGGCGGGACCUUCUUCGUCUUCUCGGCAAUCUCAGCAUUCGCGGUUGCUUUCACAUAUGCACUCGUCCCGGAAACCAGAGGGAAAUCUCUGGAGGAGAUUGAGCUCUUGUUUCAGAACGGAGAGGAACGCGAAGGGCAUUCUGGGGAUGUUGAGCAUCUUGUGCAGAGGGAAAUGGAGCUCAGAGAUGGGGUUGAAUUGAAAGAGUGAGAGUUUCAUAGACUAUAUAAAUGAUCCACAAGAACAGAGAGAUAUAUUUUUUUGGCGCAGAAGAAAAAUAUGCAGCACAGAGUUUUCUACACGUGAGAAUUUUUUACAAAUGUAGACAUGAUAUUCAUAGAUGAUCAAAAUUUUAUACCAAAUGUUGAAAUGAAAUUUUCUGGUAGGG